GGGCGGCCGGGGGCCGCCAUUUUGCUCCAGCGAGGGAGAGCAGCCGCGAGCCAAGUAGUGCAGUCCGCGCCAUAUAGCCGCAAUUCGAGACCGAGUGUGACCGAGACGAGCGUGCGAACGACCUCCUUUCUUCCGUGGCCGAAUCGUGCGCGAUCUUACGCGUACACUGCGGCCGUCGGGGCGUCGGGCGGGCGGGUGCGCGCGCGGUUAACACCAGUGCCCGUAUCCGUGCGGAUACAUCGCAUCGUGCCGCGGCACAGGACGGCCGGUUAGACGCCAAGUUUCGCCGCGGCAGCCGAGCGGGAUCGCCGUGCGGCAGCGUCUUGCAGGGGAAGCCUGGAUAUCCCACGAACAAAACGCACCGGAGGAACGCCGUUGUGGCCGCCAACCCAGUGCAAAUACUCGACUAGCCGUAGACUUGGGGAAGAUACGACGACGCGUCGGUGCCGGGAAAUACAACAAGGGGAGAGUGAGUCGCCUCCGACAGGAGACGGUGUCCACUGAGCCGUGAUGCGUUGGAGAUUCGGCGGUCCCUGUCCGAAGACCGACCAGCAGCCAGUGUUACAGAAGCAAUUUGUGUGACAAAGCAUAAAAGAAGAGGAGCGAGUGCGGAAUCGUUGUCGUUGUUAUUGUACUUGGACUAUAACACGCGUGCCGCUUGCGAGUGCUUGCGUCGUCGCUGCGAGUGCCGUUGUACUCGUCCCGAGACUCGUGCCGCCUGCCGCCCCUGCUGCGGGACGCGAGGACGAGGUGGUGGUGAAGGAGAUUCAGCAGCAGCAGCAGCGUGCUGAUAGAGGAGUGACACUGGGGUUGGUUAGUGACACUGAGAGCGCAAGUGAAAACUAUAAAAAUAGGGGGGGCUGUCUGACCGAUGGACAAACGGAAGAUGAUGUCCAAACGCCCUCGUAUGGAGAACCUGAGGGGUCCGAUCCAGAACGGACCGAUUCAGACGCGACCGUUAGUGGCAUUGCUCGAUGGACGGGACUGCUCGAUUGAGAUGCCCAUUCUGAAGGAUGUCGCGACGGUGGCUUUCUGCGACGCCCAAUCCACCUCGGAGAUACACGAAAAGGUACUAAACGAGGCGGUAGGAGCGUUAAUGUGGCACACCAUCAUUUUGACGAAGGAGGACCUGGAGAAGUUCAAGACGUUACGGAUCAUCGUGAGAAUCGGCUCGGGAGUCGAUAAUAUCGAUGUCAAAGCAGCGGGCGAGCUUGGCAUCGCUGUGUGCAAUGUGCCUGGCUAUGGUGUCGAAGAAGUAGCUGACACCACCCUCUGCCUCAUUCUAAAUCUCUAUCGGCGCACGUACUGGCUGGCAAACAUGGUGCGCGAGGGCAAGAAAUUCACAGGACCAGAACAGGUAAGAGAAGCGGCAACCGGAUGUGCAAGGAUACGGGGCGACACUCUGGGUAUAGUUGGGCUAGGCAGGAUUGGAUCAGCGGUAGCGUUGCGUGCCAAAGCUUUUGGCUUCACCGUCAUUUUUUAUGAUCCCUACCUGCCGGACGGAAUCGAGAAGUCGCUAGGUCUCACCAGGGUUUACACGCUACAGGAUUUGCUAUUCCAAUCAGACUGUGUAUCUCUACACUGUACCUUGAAUGAACACAAUCAUCAUCUAAUAAACGAAUUCACUAUUAAACAGAUGCGACCAGGAGCAUUUUUAGUCAAUACAGCGCGAGGUGGUCUAGUAGACGAUGACGCGCUAGCCGGAGCGCUCAAACAGGGUAGAAUCCGCGCGGCGGCAUUAGACGUCCACGAAAACGAGCCGUACAACGUCUUUCAGGGUCAGUCCGCGCAAUGUCCAUUGAAAGAUGCGCCAAAUCUUCUUUGCACACCACAUGCCGCAUUCUACAGCGAUGCCAGCUGCACUGAAUUGCGCGAAAUGGCGGCCAGUGAGAUCCGACGAGCCAUAGUCGGUCGCAUUCCCGAUUGCCUGCGGAACUGCGUCAACAAGGAGUAUUUCCUGUCUUCGACUGGAAACGGAUUUUCAAGCAGAUGUUAGCCUUCCGUUGUUAUCUGCGAUUGCGCGGAAAUGGAAUCACUCUCUCUCGAGCCCGAAAUAGCCCGAGCACGCGAGAAUGUGUGUGUAGCGAAAAAUAAAAAAAAAACAGUCAUAAAAAAACGCAAACGAACGCACGAUCGAACGAACGGGUAAAACGGAAACCGCGGUAGACGAGACAAUUUGCUCUACGGUGUGUGCGAAGCGAAACAGAGACGAAUUCUCUUAAAGAGAAAAUGUCUACCUGUGUGUUCCUCCUUCCUGUUCGCGCGUCGCAAGGACCACUAGACCGCUGCUCCUAGAGCCAAAUCGAUCGCAAAACACUCGAAUUGGGAAGCUACACACUUCGCCAAACGAAAUGUAAAAAAAAACCAAACAAGUAAACAAAAAAACCGAAAAAAACAGCGGCGCGCUGUGCACGCGCGCUGUGUGUAAAACCGAAAAAAAAAAAAGUAAAAACGCACAAAACUGCACAAAUUUGUCGAGGGACUGCCAUGAUCUGUUGUGUUUUCGC